UGCGUUUCGAAUUUUAGUUGCGGUUUGUUGUGAUUCCCGUUUGCACGCUGCUCUGGAGGACAGCUUCUAGCAGUCACUUACUUAUGGAUGAAGGAUCUCGACGUGACCACCAUCCUUCCGUAAAUUGACCUUUGCUCAUCGCGUUUCACAUUUCAGAGACAUAUAACAGUUGAGACAUAUAACAGAUAAACGCAACCAUCCUCCACGAUGAGAUUCCAGCAGCUCCUGCAUGUGCGCAGAUUGGCCAGCGCCGGUGCCACCACCUUGAUGAGGCGGCCUAUCACCACCACCACCAUUACCACCACUACCACCACCGGUCGCAGCGCCCUGGCCGCCACCCACCCCGCUUUCACAACCACUGUGCGCACAAUGGCGGGCAGCGGGGCUCCAAUCCCGGAACUCACCGAGAUCACCGACAACGUGCACCGCGGCAACUACGCCACUCUCACCGACAAGGAUGUGGCGCACUUCGAGCAGCUCCUGGGGAAGAACUUCGUGCUCACCGAGGACCUGGAGGGCUACAACAUCUGCUUCCUCAAGCGGAUUCGAGGCAACAGCAAGCUGGUGCUUAAGCCCGGAAGCACGGCGGAGGUGGCCGCCAUUCUCAAGUACUGCAACGAGCGCCGCCUGGCGGUGGUGCCCCAGGGCGGGAACACGGGCCUGGUGGGCGGAUCCGUGCCGAUCUGCGACGAGAUUGUGCUGUCUCUGGCGCGCCUCAACAAGGUGCUGUCAGUGGACGAGGUCACCGGCAUUGCCGUCGUGGAGGCGGGCUGCAUCCUGGAGAACUUCGAUCAGCGGGCCAGGGAGGUGGGCUUGACGGUGCCACUGGAUUUGGGCGCUAAGGCCAGCUGCCACAUCGGUGGCAAUGUGUCCACCAACGCGGGCGGCGUGCGGGUGGUGCGCUACGGCAAUCUGCACGGUUCCGUUUUGGGCGUGGAGGCGGUGCUGGCUAACGGUCAGGUGCUGGAUCUCAUGUCCAACUUCAAGAAGGACAACACGGGCUACCACAUGAAGCACUUGUUCAUUGGAUCCGAGGGCACUCUGGGCGUGGUCACGAAGCUCUCGAUGCUCUGCCCCCAUUCCUCGCGAGCGGUAAACGUGGCCUUCAUCGGCCUGAACUCCUUUGACGAUGUGCUGAAGACUUUCGUCAGUGCCAAGCGGAAUCUGGGCGAGAUCCUCAGCUCCUGCGAGCUGAUCGACGAGCGGGCCUUGAACACCGCCCUCGAGCAGUUCAAGUUCCUCAACUCCCCCAUUUCGGGCUUUCCGUUCUACAUGCUGAUCGAGACCUCAGGCAGCAACGGCGACCACGACGAGGAGAAGAUCAACCAGUUCAUUGGCGACGGCAUGGAGCGCGGCGAGAUCCAGGAUGGCACCGUCACCGGUGAUCCCGGCAAGGUGCAGGAGAUCUGGAAGAUCCGCGAAAUGGUGCCGCUGGGCCUGAUCGAGAAGAGCUUCUGCUUCAAGUACGAUAUCUCGCUGCCCCUGCGCGACUUCUACAACAUUGUGGACGUGAUGCGGGAGAGGUGUGGUCCCCUGGCCACAGUGGUCUGCGGAUACGGCCACCUGGGUGACUCCAAUCUGCACCUGAACGUGUCCUGCGAGGAGUUCAACGACGAGAUCUACAAGCGGGUCGAACCCUUCGUCUACGAGUACACCUCCAAGCUGAAGGGCAGCAUUAGCGCUGAGCACGGCAUUGGCUUCCUGAAGAAGGACUACCUGCACUACUCCAAGGACCCGGUGGCCAUUGGCUACAUGCGCGAGAUGAAGAAGCUGCUGGACCCCAAUAGCAUCCUCAAUCCCUACAAGGUGCUCAACUAAAGGCUUCUAACUGAUAAGUGCGUUUUUUUUUGUUUGUGUAAUUUGUAUAACCUAAUAAUACAUGAAUGACUUUAAA